GAAGGUUGACUAGAUCACGUUGAAAUUCAACGUGACUUAUGGUCUUGGAACGCAGCCUUUGCGAAACGUGAUGCAAUGCCAACAUAAGAAUGUGUCACAUUCAAAAGAGCUGGGAAAAUGGGUCCUACGUGCCAAGAUAUUUUACUUAGAGAGUAUAACUCUGGCACAGUGCAGCAAGUCUUUGCGCGCAGUUCGAAUCUUACCCCUCACGGAACUUCAAAACUUUCUUAUGAUGAAAACGAGGGACAUUAAGAUGGCGGCAUCAUCAUUAUCAUCUGACAGGGCCAUGCUGGUCUGUCGGAGUGUCGAGGAGCUGAAGCGCAGGGCCCAGGGCCCGGUGAGGAGGAACUUGUUUGGGCCUGUGGACCACGAGCAGCUGCAACAGGAUUUCCAGAGGCACCUGGGUAUGAGCGUGGAGUCGGCCAACAAGCGCUGGGACUUUGACUUCAACACCGGCCAGCCGUCUGCCAAGGGCGCCAGCGUGGAGUGGGAGGAGAUGAAAUGCCAGGAUGUGCCGGCGUUCUACCACAGCUGUGUGUUGAGGAAGCCGGUGAUUGGCAUCGACGGGCAGAGGGCGGGGAGAGAGAAUGUUAGGUUGGCGCGGGCAUCGUCUCCAGGGUUGUCCAGCUGUGGGGAGGAGUACCUGGAGGUGACCACCAGGGAGAGCUAUAGGAUCCAGAGGCCAGAGAAGAAGAUGGCCAGCCAGAGGGCAGGAGCAGUCAAACGGAGACAAGCCGCCAUAACAGAAUUCUUUGUCGUGAAGAAGAGGACGACCAUGCAUCACAAACAGUCCUCUUGGCAGUAAACACAGCCCAGGAAAGAGUGCAAUUCAGUGGGCAUGCUCCGUUUGGAAAUCACCUCAUUAAGAUGGAUAUAUAAUUUCUGCAGCGUUCUGUAGCGACUCUGACGGUCGAAGGGCUCAUAGCUACAAUAUGUCUUAAAGGAAGUGGAAAAGGAAGUGGAAAUGAUGGAUGUUUGUAUAUAUAUUUAUAUAGCUGUAUUUCAUCUAUAUUUUCUAAGCUUGUAUUAUUGUCUAAGCUUUAGAUUAUACUGUGAAAUAAUUCAAAUGCACUCAUCAGGAAAAAAACACAAUGGCUUUGUUGUAAGAGAUUUCUUCCAACAGUACCCUUGGUGUAGUAUUUAACUCCGAACCACUUCGGCCCACACUCUAACAACCUCUCUAAGAGUAGUUCAACUAUUCCUGACCUCACUCCACGUGUCGUCGUCAGUUUCACCACGGCUGUAAAAGUAUCAGCCACGCGAGUAAGAGGCCCCGGGGUCACCUCAGGUCAAAUUGGUAACGUGACCAUGAUUAGCCUAGGGUGCAAAGGUCAACUGUGAAGUUCCAGCACUUAGGCUAUCAGGCAUCGGUAUGAUAAUGAUACAUCUUAUUGAGCAGUAGUACUUCUCAGUAAAUGUCUAUUAUUACGGUAAUUGUUUUAUUCUUAAGCCUUUUGGUGUGAGUAUUAUUACAGAGUGAUAUUUGGUGUCAGUAGGAAACGAGCUUAAAUUAGCUUAAGUUCAUUGUCAAAUAUUGUUAUUAUGGCUAGCAUACACUUCACCGUUGGCACCACAGUCUCUGUACAAUUUGGCAAAAAUCUCAGUGCACAACUGAAUAAAAUAAAUCGUUUUUAUUUUAUUUAGCUCCCUUUGUCUUUUUAAGGUAGUAAAACAUAUUCUUGGAAACUUUUUGGUAACAAAACUGAAUAUAUCUUGUAUGUUUGCUUUGUUGGCUAAAUCCUUUUAACAACGUUGCCUUUUCUACUCUUGUCGUUGUAUAAUGGCAGCCUCUAGGUUUUGAACUCUUUCCUGUAUGAAGGAAUGUAGCUUUGACAUUGUUUGGAAUUGAAGUUAAAUGGUGUUGCAGUUCACAAAAGUACAUGAAUCCUUAAUGCAUACGGAACAUUCCAGGUUCUGUCAGUAAAUGAUUAUUUUUUUUACGAGGAGCUGAGCUGUAACACAUUUCCAUUCCUGUGCUACAAUACAAGAACAGAUGUGACAACUGAGGCAGUUGACCAAAAAAAAAAGAAAGAAAAAACAUAUUAUAUGUGAGUCAUCUGUAAGCGUUGGCUUGAGUCAAGGGACAUAGAAAUCCACAUGCCUUCAGCAUCUCCAAAUCCAUCUCAGAUAUACCUGCGAUUAAUAUACAGUAUCACAGAUUUACCCGUUGGCAUUGCAUUCCAAACGUUAUGCCGUUCAUUCUCCAUAGCCAGAGUCACGUCGCAAUACUGUAACUAAUAGUGGCAAAAAUAGCAGUCCUACUGGGAGUGCCUUUCCCUAAAUGUGUCAUGUUCGAACAAAUAGACAUCAUCUGGAUUACCUACCUCAUUGAGUGAUUGACAAAAAUAAUAGAAAAAAAGAUAUACAAAAUAGAAAAAAAAAGUCAAAUAAUUCCAAAAUAUUUGUUGGAAACUACAGGAGUUUGUUAUUGCUGUUCAUAGCUGGUUCAGUGGGAUAGCGGGUUCAGAUCAUAGGCUUUAGUUACACAUCAGGUAAAAGAGUCAGUGUGUCAGAGUGAUAGGACCCAUUCCAGCUCAAAGCAGGACGGAGGAAACUCAAGUCCUCUGGGAGUCCUGAGCUUUGUUAUUUUUAUGUAUUUAUUUAAUUUAACCUUUAUUUAACCAGGAAGGGCUCAUUGAGAUUAAAAUCUCUUUUUCAAGAGCGCCCUGGCCAAGAUAGGCAGCACCAAGUCAUUACAAAAAAAAUGACAGACAGACAACAUGAAAAACUACAAGUAAUCUAGUAGAAACCAUUGAAUUCACAAGAGUAUAAAACAGCAAAUUAAAAACAUUGACAGGUCAGGGAAUCAGCUUCAAAAGUUCUUCCAGUUUAAAAGCCCUUUUACCGAUUUCAGUUGGGACAUUUGGAACAGUUAGCAGGAUAAAGUCCAGCGAACGAAGAGAGUACCCACCACAUUGUACCCACCACAAUAAAAAGGUAGUAAACCCAAAAUGGCUUUGUAAAUAAAAGUAGACCAGUGACUGAGCCUACGAGUGACUAGAGAAGGCCAGCCAACCCUGGUAUACAAAGUGCAGUGGUGCGUAAGGGUUUUGCAGUUCAAAAUCAAUCUCAAAGUGCCAUGGUAAAGAGUGUCAAUUGAUCUCAAACACUGAGUGGAAGCAUUCAUAUAUAAAAUAUCCCCAUAGUCUAGUAAAGGCAUACAUGUAGCUGAUACGAGCCUCCUUCUGGCUUCAAAAGAAAAACAGGCCUUAUUCCUAAAAUAAAAUCCCAAUUUCAGCAGGUUCCAAAGAGGUUCUUAUAACACCGGUUUCUUGACUUGAUUGAUUAUCCCUUUUUUAUUUAAUCAUAUUUGAUGGUGUUUGUGUGUGUGUUCGGACUUGAGUCUGUGUGUACGUUGGUUUAUAUGCGCCUGUCUUUCAAUGUGUUCAAAAUAAAACUUUAAAAGUCUGUUAACUUAUUUUUAACGAUGCAUCUUGUUUUUGUAGGGAAAUAAUUCUAAAUGCCCUUUUGGUAAAACUAACUGAUUAUGUGUAUUGCACUAAAACAUUGACAAGACAUUUCUGAUUUUAUAGAGCUACUCUCAUGGAAGGGGAAGUGUUUAGAAAAACUAAACCGUCACUGCUGCACUGGGACACCGACGAUGGGCUAUCAUAGUUUGGGUCGGACACAAAAUGAUUAAUAGAUAUUAGGCGCUUUCUUGGUAUUACAACAGUGUUAAAACAGAGCUGCGGCGCCUAGGGCGAUGCGCCUAGGGGAGGGAUCCCCUCUGGGCCCUGAAGGACGGGAAGAUGAUCCAUUCAGAAGAGCAGGAUGAGGUGAGCUUGAUAAAGACUCACCCCGCUCCUGUACAAGGGACUGAAGACAGCCUUUUAACAAAGUGGCUUUUUAACAUGUUUUUCAUGUCUUAAAAAUGUUUUACCUUUGUUAGAUCAUUAGUACACAUUUUAAAUGGCCUUUACAGAUUUGAUGUUUUUACAAGGAAAGGACAACUAUAGUUGUUUUCAUUGGUUUUAACAACAUGUACUUUUUAACAAAUUUAAAUGUAACUUUCAAAUGCUGUGUUUUAUGCUUUUUUGCCGUUUUUAUGUGUAUAAAUGAUGUAAAAAAUGUAUGAGCUGUUUUUAAAGGAAUUGUACCAAUAAAACUUUUCCAAAAGAAAAAAAACAGUGUUAAAACAAGGCAAUACUCAGCCCUAAUAUUACUGACUGUACUGGUUUCCCCAGAAUUCCCUUUGCAAGCGAACUGUGAUAAGUUAAUGAUCAUAGAUCUGUAUACAGCUACUGGGCUGCUCCAUCCUGCCCCCCUCCCCCUCCCCCGGCCCAGUGUGUCCCACAGUGGCAAAAUAAACUUUGCUCUAAAUCGAAUUCACCUGUCUAUCGCAGGUAUAUCAAAACAUAGUAUUGCAUGUCUUAUAUGCAUGAAUGAAUAAUAUCCUCAUAUAUGUUUUUGAUAAGAUAAUGGCUAAUGUAUUGAAAGUGUACUACAACGUAAUUACAUGGGAGCAGAAUAUUACCUUUGAUUUGGCAAUAGUUUGAAAAUAAAAUGACAAAUGUUGAAAUUGUGGACAUAUUUGUGGAAGAUUCAUUGACCGGUUUUUGGUGCACUGUUGACUUUGAUGUUAAUUUGUUAAUGUUUCCGAUCAUUAUUAAAUUAUGUAAAUAUACACAAAG